AUGGAUGAAACAUCCGAGCCACUGGCGCGCGAAGCCUCGUUUACACACUGGGCUCGCUAUGUGGAAGUGUCCAUAACUGAGUCCCGAGUCGUGUCCGUGGAGCAGGACCCGGACUCGUUUGUUCUGGGAACCACCGUUUGGGACAGUAGCAAGACGCUGUUCAAGCUCAUCGAGCGCAGACGCGAACAGUUCCGGAGCUUUACGUCCAUUUGUGAACUAGGCGCUGGCUGUGGCGGUCUCGCGGGCAUUUCCAGUGCAAUCGUCACUGAUGGACUGGCAGAUGUGGUGCUUACGGACAUUGGACCGGUGCUCCCGUGGCUCCGACGCAAUGUGAGAGCGAAUCUGACGGACAAGGAGCGACAGCGCGUCCGAGUCGAGCGAUACGCUUGGGGCACGCCAGUGGCGAGGCUGAAGGCGCCGUUCGACUGCAUCUUGUGUGCAGAUGUCGUGUACGAGAAGGCCUGUGUCAAGCCGCUGGUGCAGUCGUUGUUGGCUCUUUCGCAUCGCAAAACCGUGAUCUUCGUGGCGAAUGAGCGGCGGUCACCGGAGAUCCGAGCGGAGUUCAUGUGCUAUCUGAAGACGUACUUCCAGUGGAAGGAGGUGCCGAAAGAAGAGCUGGAUGGCGAGUAUCUGAAAGACACGAUCGAAGUGUUCGAACUGAGACGCAAGAAGCGCAACGUGCCGCUGGAGAUGCAGAUUGUGCUUCCUGAGGAUUGGGACCCGGACAAGGGUCCGCAAGUGAACGGAGAUGGAAAGGACGCGGAUCCGUCCGAUAGGUGGAACGAUCUGUUGCGAGACUUGUCAUCUGAUCCAGUGUAG